AUGGACAGGGGGAAACAAAACAAAAAAAGAAAUUCCUGUUGUUUCUCGUUCCAGAGCUCAACUCAGGAGAUCGGAGAAGAGUUUGAAGACAGUGUGAUUUACAGUAUUUCUCUCCGGAAAGUUCAGCUCCAUCACACGGCCAACAAAGGCCAGCGAUGGCUGGGGUUUGAGAACGAGUCAGCCUUAAACCUCUACGAGACGUGCAAAGUGCGGACGAUCAAAGCCGGCACCCUGGAGAAGUUGGUGGAAUACCUGGUCUCGGCGUUCAAAGGCAACGAUUCCACCUACGUGACCAUCUUCCUCUGCACCUACCGGGCGUUUGCCACCACCAAGCAGGUCCUGGAUCUGCUGCUCAACCG